UUCCUACGGCAACGCAACAUAGCUUCCCCCCAGAGGAUCAUGGGAAACGAGUUUGGCUGCAGGAUCGGAGGGAGUUUCGAAAUAUUUCACGAUUAGCUUCAGUCUAAACACAAUUAUAAUACAUGUUUUUAUCCAAAUAGAAUGUGAGUAUAGACGGUGUGUCUGACGUACUUCGGUGAGGUUUUUAUUUUACGGGGAACAGCGCGUUUCGCCGUAAACACAGUUAGCUAGGCGGCUAACGCUGCCACCUUUAUAACGGUGUGAUAACAACAGUGGCUAAUGUGAACAAAAGUGAACACAUGACUCACGUUGUCGUGAACGUAAGCGCUAUACAUAACCGGAAUGUGAACAUUAAUAUGUCAUCGUGCGUGUCCAGAGGGAUUCUGUCCUUUCUUCGUCCAUGUACAAUCACAAUUACGAUGAGCUGAUGCUGACGUCUUUUAAAACAUGGAGCUAAAGUUGGAUGUCGUUUUGUCGUCCAGCAUCAAAAGGAAGAAGCCAUGGCCGCGGUUCUGCUGGCUUGGGCAGGAGAAGGAGUCUGUCUUCCUGUUAGAUGACAAACGCGUUAGCGAGAUCAACAUGGUCUCCGGUCGCACAAAGAAAAGGACCCCUAAACUCCAUCCUUUGCUCAACAACGUCUUGACCAUGACUUCAUCACAAUGCGGUACAUGGCUUUGUGGAGUUCUGGUCUCAGGGGAGCUUUUUCUGUGGAACAGGGAUAGAGACUUGUUGAAGACUGCUGCAGCCGCCCCUGAAGUACUUCAAGUGAUUACUGCUGCUCAAGGAAAUUCCACAAGGUUGUCUCUUCAGGUGUCAGGGGAUGGAAUGCAUGUGCUACUCGUCGCCAUAACGGGACACGUUUUCCUGUGGGAGUGUAUGGAUGCCAGGGAUUUGUCGGGAGUACGAGAUGGCACAGUAAAUGGAUGCUGGGCACAGAUGAAGCCCCUUGAGGAUACCAUUCUCCCCUCGCCACACGACAAAGAAGCAUCGCUGCACACGAUUUUUGUGAAGACGGAGGCUAUAGGUGAUGUCUGUUUGUCAGCCCUUGUUUUCAUGUCAGGGGAGAAACUUAUAAUCUCCUGUCUGAAAAUUCAGUGGGAAGAACGUAACAUGAGAGUUGGUUCUGUGGAAUAUAGUGUACAGUGGGUCACCAAAACAUACCCACUGACUCAUCUCACCACACCCUGCCAACCAGUUAAGUCUAGAGGGGCAUUAGUGGCAGCCUUCUCCCCAGAUGGCCAACUGUUAGCCAUUGUCCUGAACCAGAGACGGCCAACGGCUACACAGGUCCUUUAUGUGAGCACCCAGAAUUUUGUCUCAGUAUCAAGUGGCCUUGGAGGAUGUGGAAUCAAAACAAUGGAGAUUCCCUCCAGAUACAUAAGAUCUUACUGGGUGGGCAGUGUGAGCUGGUCGCCCAACAGUCUUUUCUUGGCUUGUGUUCUCAAGAGAGGUUCCCUUCUGAUGUUGGCUCGUCUUGGGGGCCUUCUCACUCUAACAAGCAGUGGUUGCAAUGUUGACUUUGGGCCAGCACAGUUCCUGCCCCUGCACCCUCUUGUCACCUACUGGCCACCAGUAUCUGCAGGGAAAGGGGAGGCCUCUCUCUCCAGUUCAAGUUUGUCCAUGCGUGAUGUUCUGAGGCAGCGAUAUUCGGUGACCUGGCAUCCACGGCUGCUGUAUCUCAUCGUGUCUGAUGGCUACAUGGCCACAGUUAUGAAGGUGCUUGAUAAGCCCUCUCCUUCCAUGAUGCUAAAAAUGCUUCUGAAGGACACAGUCAAGGAUCUGGAGAAGAUGAGCCAGAUGCUGGAUCAGUCUCAGGCUCAUGUGAGAGCAUGGUUGGAGUCUGUUUCUUGUCUGACUCUUGACAGCAGCCUUGAACCACUAAACCCCAUAGUUACAUGUGGUCCCAACACUGCAGACUUUUCAGCAGCCACAGAUGGAUCCACUUUGCCACUUUUCCUGCAGGACCUGGGGACUUUGGGUGGAACCACAGGGCUUCUUGAAAAAGUACAGUCUUUCCUUGAUGAUGACUCUGAUUUGGACGGACCUCCUGCUGGUUCUCAUAUAGAGGAUGGUGGUCGUUUGGAGUUUGCCUCGAUGGUUGACACUCUUCAUGCCCAGGACACACGCACUGACACUGGACUUUUUACUGGUCAAGACCUUGAAGAUGACUUUGUUGAAGGAGAGAGAAGGAUGCCUCUUCUUCGGCGGGAACUUGGCAAAAUCCAGAGCAGACUGCUUACGGCCUGGGCUUUCAGCAUGUCUCUAGGCAGUGCAGUGGAACACAGAGCUCAUCUGCUGAAGCAUACCGUCUUUUAUGUGGUGCGAUUCGCCGCUUUGCUCCAUUUGAUCCCGAGCAAAACAAACACCUCAGUUUCAACUCGCCUUCUCCAUCUUAUCAAAGCCCUUCUAUCUUUUCUUCCCUGGGACAACACUCACUCAGACGGGACACGCUGCCUGGGCCUGGUGGUGGAGCUCAGUAAACGGCUGGUACACCUCCUGAUGACACCUCAUCCCACAUCCUACCAGUCGGGUCACUAUCAACUAUCAUCUCAAAGUUUAUCCACCAUCCUGCAUAUCUUGCAGCUGGUCUCCAAUUCCCUUGACAAUGCUUACAGCCUGCAGCAAAGAACUAUCUGGUCCUCUGCAGAGAAGGAAUCUCUUUCACAGCCUUCGGAUGUUCAUCAUGUUCCGAUGCUACGGGAUGAGAAGGAAAAGAAAUUGACCUCCCUAAAUAACGGGCAACCUAUUCCUCAGCGACCUUCAAGCAGACUGUUUGGAGUGUGGCAGUCGGUAUACAAGGUCACCCAGCAAUAUCUGGAGGAACUGAAUAGAUAUGAAGGCAGCGAUGGAUGGGAGGAGGAACAGGAACAGUUGUCUUUCAUCAUGUCCCAGAUGCAGAUGGCCCUGCAGGCUACAGGAGAGAGACUGGAAGAAGGCCCUGCACUGUUGAGUUACCCAGGUGAGCAUCUUUACCUUUGUGGCUUGUAUCCAAAGAGCGCUGAUGCCUGGCGAGCACAGAUAUGUGAGGAGAGUAACAAAAUGUGUGAUCGUAGGGUCUUCCAGGAGCAAAGGGUUGGCCUGGCGCUCCUUUACAGUCUUUUGUCUCAGUACCACCUGAGGGAAGCCCAAGAGUUGGGCGACCACAUGGCUCGCCUCAUACUGCACAGGUCUGGACAUCAGAAGGACAACAUAACAGCAGAUUCUUUUCCUUACUCGUGGCUUCCGAUUGAUCUUCACAAUGAAACCGCCUGUGCAGUGGUUCAGAGCCUGGGGAGAUUUAUGGCCUCUUACUUUGCCAACCAGCCACUCCACAUCUUGCCCCCUCACAAUGUGGCUGUCCUGCCUCCACUACAUUUACCUCAUGCUCCAGAUGUUGGACGCUUGAUACCUUUAUGCCAGGAGGAGGUGGCUACUGCAAUUCGACGGCAGCAUCUGUCAGAGGUGUGGACAGUUGACUAUGCUCUGGACCUUCUGCUGCUCGGGGGUCUGCUUCCUGAGGCUGUGUGGUUGGCUUACAAUCUUGGGGACUGGAAGACGGCGGUUUCACUGAGUCUGGCUUAUACAAGCUAUCGCACUGACCGUUUGGAAUUCGCUCGGCUGACAAGGAGAGAGCUCCUCCUACCAACAGCGUGGAAAGCAGAAAACAUCUUUCAGGCCGAGUUAAAGUGUCUUCUUGGAAACAAACCCGACCACAAGGAACACAGGGACAAGGAUGAUGACAAGAGCUUCACAGACCUUUUGGAAGGAGAGGACUGGGAUUUAUUACUGGUCUCCAUACAGGAGAUUCUGAAAGCAUCAGUCAUGGCGGGAGUGAAUGUCAUGUCCUCGCCCUUGUCCUCCUUGCUGGACACAGCCAAAGACUUAUGUUCCUGUCUCCCUAUGUUGGUACCCAAUGGACUUUAUCUACCUUCUCCACCUCUGUAUUGCCCUCAGCCUUCACCCAACACACAGGACCCAAUAGGAACAAUGGGGCACUUUGCAGAGGUUGCAGCACGUCACAAGGUGUCUGGUGUUCUCCAAAGAUUGCUUUUACUUCUGAGAUCUGCUCGCUGUUGCCAUCCAGCUGCCCAGUGGUACAUCACUAAUCUGCGCCGUGCCAAACACAUACUUUACAAGAUCAAGAAGAAGUACCCGUAUCCAGCAGCUCCUAAGGAAGAGAAGGCUCUCCCUGAGGGUCUGAUGAAGUUUGUCACCCGCCGUGGAUUCUUCAGACACGGGCCUAACAAAGACGGCCAUUUGGACCCUGAUACCAUCCAAACUAUUAUCUGUUUCAGAGAGCUGUGCGGUUUAUGCUGGAUGUUGCAUGUCCGGGACCAACUCUCCAUUUCCAGCAGGAAGUAUCAGGCCUCUAGACAUCUUGGUAGAGAUGAACAGCUCCCCGAUGACUCAGACGUGAGGUCUGGCUGUGUCAAAGCUCUCGGCUGGGCCCGUCGUUUUCUGCCUUUCUCCCGAUUCCUCAAUGCCGAAGAAAUUCUCCAGGACAUUCUGCUGAGCCUCGUCUCUGAACUGCCGCCCAUCCCUUUGGUGGCAGAUACGCUGGUGCAAGCCUUCCCAGAGGAGGAAGAGUCGGUCAAAGUCCCACUGAGAGAAAAGUAUAACACACUGCUACAGAGACUGAGGCAAUGCAAUGUUCCUGAAGGGGAAAAAACAGAGGCGAAUGAAUCAAUGAUGAAACUGAUUCAGGACAAAUACAGGCAAAGGAGAAAACAUCUGGGGCGUUUGCGCAGGCACCUGGCCCCACCUGAGCUCCAUCUGUGGGAGAAAGAGGAGGAAGAGGAGGAGAGAGGAAGCAAACACGGAAUGGCUGUGUUAAGGCAGCUCUCACUGGGCACAAGCCUGAGCACCAGCACUUUAACUGACUGCUGUUUCCCCCCACUGUGCAGUGAUGGAGACAUAGCAGAAAACACAUCGAAGGCCGUCUCCCCUGAACAGCAUUGCCAGUUCAAGACCAGAGCCAAAAAACGACAUAAAGUAAAAGACAGAGAGUAUGCUGUUAAGAUUAAAAGUGCCAUUCAGGAGGAGAGUCACCCAGAGGAUACCAAAGGGAAUGACAAGUCCUCCCUGCCAGUGGUCGGCACCUGGGAGUUUGAGUUGGAAGACGAAGAAUAUCUGAACUUCCUGGAGCUCUUCCUCAGCUAUGAGUUAGAGAAGGGUAGUGCUGAUGGAGGUGACCCGGGCAGCGAACUUCCCCUGUUGAAGAGCUUCUCCUCCCAGUUGAGGAAGAGAGAGUUGCAUUCUCUCACAUUUGAUGUGCUCACUACUGUUCAUCGCCGCCAAAGAGACAGGCAGCAUCUGGGGAGGAAACACUGGAGCAGUGAUCCUCCAGUGUUCAGAGCUGGGUGCUGCUACAAGCCUAUUAAACCAGAUACAACCCCUGAACCGCAAACGUCCUCCAUCUGGAGUGAAGCCCUGAUAUCCAGAGCUAGCCUUUCUGUCAGCUCUUUUUCUGGCCCGAGAACGGGUCGACAAAAAGGUUUGUUUGGCCUCCGGAAGCAAAAUAGUGUGCCAUUAGCCCAAAGACUGAAAGGUGGUCCUAAUGCUAGCCCUAUAAAAAGUGCCUUUCCCAUUGGCCAGUCACCAGAGAACUUAAUAUUUGGCUCCCCAACUUCAAUGGAAGCAGUAAUUGAGCUGCAGCAGGUCCUGGACCCCAAAUUAGAGGCUCAGUUUCCAGAGUUAGGCAGGCUGCUGGAGUGGAUGGUACGCUGGGCUGAUAGACGGGUGCUGCUGGGACACCAUGGCAAAAAAAUGAAAGAGAGGGGAGGAGGCGUCACAGGAACAGCUGAUGAAGGAGUCGUGAUUCGUGUCAAAGCCUCAGCGCCUGCUGUCCUCACUUCCCUCAGCUUACUGGAGUGGAGGUACACUGCGCUACAAGGGACAGGCCAAAGCAGUGACAACAUCCAUGUUCCGGAAACACAGUGGCCUGUAGCUCCCAUGCUGCUACCUGAAGUGGACAUGAAAGUGGAGAGGGAGAGCAGCAUUGAUACAGGCUACCCUGGAUCCACCAACACUCCCAUCACUGGACUUGAUCAAAAUCUACAAGGAGAACUGUCCAUUGGUUCCUGCGCAGAUGAACCAAAGAAAGUGACACGUCACAGGAUUCCUCUCCCUGAUGACCAGGAUCAACUGACCUCUCCCAAUGACUUAGAUGUCACACCUGAAAAAGAAGGGAAGAGCAGUGGCAGUGGCAGUGAGGGUGUGGAGGCGUCAUCUUCUAUUCUGCAUGAAAACAUCUCUGAAAACACCUGCACACCCGAUGAGAGUUUAAAGCUUGAAGACUUGGCCGUCUCAGAAAAUGCAGACGAUUUAUUCACUUCCGACUCUCUAAAUCUUCAAGCUCCUCCUCAUUCAGAACCCCAAGUUCUUCCUUCUGUUCACCCUGAGGCCUUGGUCCAUGCCGUGGUCCCUGAUUCCCUUGGAGCACUGUUACCUAAUACACCUGCAGAUCCUCCAAGCCUUCAGCCACAUAACCCCAUGGCUGCUGCACCCUCUACUCUUUCUACAGCACCCACUCAGCAACCGUCCACUCAGUCCCCAAACAUGAGACAGCAACUGGGUGACGAUUUAUUUAGAUUAGUUCAGAACAUUAACUACGUGAGCAUGAUGGAGGUUCUGGCCGCUUCAUUUUCCAACCUGCAGCUUGCCCAGCAGAACUCGUUGGCUCAGUCGAACAUAAACUCCUCACAGCCUCAUGUGCCAUCGUCUUAUGUAACCAGUGUCUUCCCUCAGCCAAAUGCCUUACCCGUUCAACCCUCCUUCUCGGUGGCGCCUCAGACACAGACAAGUGUGCCAACCUCUAUGACACAGUGCCAGAGACAAAUCACCAGCAAUCGAGCCAGCACGUCCGGUGGUGCAGGUGUUAACUAUCAGGGAAUGUUUCCUCUCUCUGUCCAUGUGGAGUCACCAGAAAUCCAGGUUACGCAGAGCAAGACGUUAAUCCCAUCCUCCCAGGGUCUCCUGGCCACUUCUGACAUCAGUCAGACCAUUUCGAGCGCUCCCGUGCCGCUGCCCUCUGAUAGUAGUCUACAAAAUGACACUGCUCCCCCAGUCGUGGGCUUGAAAUUACAGCUUCAGUGUCAUCCAUUGCCCAAUCACAGUGCCCCACACUACCCUCCCGCUCAAGAGCCUCGGAUGCUGCACGUUGCAAACCCUGCAACGCUGGAAUCCCAUCAGCCCGAGCUCAGACACAAUCCCCAAGCCACGUCAAAGAGGGCUGAAGAAGAAAAAAGAAUCGGGCCCUUUGUCCUAAGAAGACAACUGAGUUUAAAUAAUCCACAUGAUCCUGCUCCCACAAAUUCUCAUUCCCAGGGGCAGGAGUUAACGCUACUUCCUCCUGCUACACAAGCUCACACACCUGCUCUAACACAGGGGCUCCAGCUGCUGCACAUUCAGCCUGUUGCCCAGAGUGACGUCAUGUUCCCUAAACUCCCCACACCAUUUUCCUCUACACCCUCUCCUGUCUUUGCGGCUCCAGUGCGAGAAACGCCUCUGCUGAAACUCUCAUACAUAGAGUCUGGACCCAAAAUGUUUUUACCCACGGCAGCUCCUCGGACACAAAUGACUCGUCUUAUUACCUUGGAUGAAUUGAAGAGUUCAGUGACCACGAGGCCGAAUGCUGACGAGGCUCAGAUGCAGUUGCUUCGAGUAGAUCCGCCUCCUGAAAGCACCCGUGCAGCUGCAUCUUCUCCUGGUUUUACCUCCAGCAAGAGACAGAGGAGGAGAGAGGAGAGAGUCGACAGGGAAAGAAAAACGGAGGUCACAUUCAGGCCAAAUGAGUCCAUCAUCCCUCCAGAAAAGGAAUGCCUGCAGUCAACAGAUGAGCCUGUAAAUCAUGAAAAUGAAGAAGAGCCUGCACUUGCAGUUGCAGAGAAUAUCGCCCCUGCACACAACUUUGUUUUUCCUCUUGGGUCUUUUGACUCUGUGCUGAGUGACCAGAAGUUACUGGACAAGCCUCUGCCCACUUCAGCGGAGCUCCACGCUUUUGCUGCCACGUGUAAAAAACCUCCAGAGAGCCAGGAUGCUUUCACCAACACAGACUCAGGUUGUCCUCCCACACUUGUGGAUAAAAGUGUUUCUACUUCUGUGACUUUCAGUAGCCCUAACUCACAAACGUCACAUAAUGAGCAUCUAAUUCAAGACACAAAGGAGAAACGAAAGGAACCAGAGACCAUUCUGGAAAGAGCCACACAUGACCUGCACGGCCACCAGUUCCUAAGUGUUGUGGACCUAGAAGACAAAACUCUGCACCAAGACUUGGCGUUGUGUCUCAGCCCAAAAGCACCAGAUGUUCCCUCUGUCCAUUGUUCAACUACUUCUGCUCAGAUUCAUGUUCCUGCAACUUCUGCUGUUAGAAGUUCUGCUGCUGCACCACAACCAUCCAUCAGAAUAACAGAAAAACACGUUACUAUCCACCCAGAUAUCCUUGAGGAUUCUCAAACACCCAGUCACAAUGAAUCCAGUACAGAUCCAGAGAGAGUCACUUUCCUGGAAGGUUCAGAUCCAUUUGACUCUGAGGUCUGUCGAGCCAUAAAGUCACUGAGCCAUCGAACGCUCAGAGCCUCCUCAUCACCUCCUUCUGUCUGGUUCUCCGCUCGCAUGUCAGAGAUGGAUGCUCAGCUGGCCGCGCUACAGAAAAUUGCAGACUAUCUGGAGAAUGACUUUUCAAACUCUCGAAUGCUGGUGAACACCAUCGAGAACCUCACCCCAGUCUUGUCUCCUGAUGCAAAGAGCACCAAGGCAGUAAAAAAAACGGUCACACUGUCCGUUCCACACGCAGCAUGGAUGCCGCAAUCUGUCACUUUAUUUGAACCAAAUGGACGUGAAGAGGAAGAGGAAAGUAAGGACGACAGGCUUGUGUUUCAUGGUGACUCCCACGCUCUAGAGGAAAAGCCUUCUUUCUAUUGUUCCACUCCCUACGGUCACAGAGCUGGUCCAUGUUACCUUCACAGCCCUCCAACUAAAGAGAUGAAAAAUCAUUUGACUGACACAUCUGGUAUAUCUAAUGCGUGGGAAGACGAGACUCUGGGCCAGACUGGGCUGUCAGAUACAGCAGAAAUCCUAGAUGAGUUGGUAAAGGAAGGGUAUUUAUCCCCAACUGACCUGGACUGGAGCAGGGUGCAUCAGCAGCAAAGUAGUGUCGCGUCACAGAAAAGUGUCUGCCCAGAUGAAGACAGGAGAGAGCUGAGGAUCUGGAUGAGAAGGAAACAGAGGGAAAGAUUGGCUGCUUAUCAAAAACACAGAGAAAACCUGAGAGAGAGGGAGCGAAAGCCUUUUUCUGCCUUUGGAAAAAUGAAAUCAGCAAACAGAAAUGAAGCCACUGUUUGGAGAAGUAGAUUAGAAAAGAAAAGAUUCAUGCUCCUGGAGCAACACAAGCAGAGGACGAAUGAAGCUUGUGCUUUGAUUAGCAGCGUCCCCACCACUCCUCCAGUCCUACGCACUCUUUCACAGCCUCUUCCAGUGUGGUCCACCACACAGCCCACCUCCACUCCACUUUUUGGCAGCACUUACAGUACAUCUACCAUUGAGAAAAGAAGCUUCAAGCCCCAGUCGGAACAAACUCGGUCCCUCCUUCAUGGGACUGCUGAGGUGCAGGGACGGCCUUCAGACGAUCCCAGCAGGAAACUGGAGCUACAUAAUCCAGAUCGUACGUCUCAGGUGACCAGACAUGGCACGCUCACGGACGCAAAGAGCCGCACCAAUCAACCCCCUGCCAGCCAGACUGAGGAGCGUCAUGUCAGAGUAAAGACGCAUUUCAACAAAAGACCUUUAGGAGGAGCGUCCAAGGGCAGAGGAAUCCAGAAGGUGCAGGCAAGGAUGGAAGACGGAGGAGAAGGGAUGCUUUUGGAGCCUAAUUCAGAAACCUCAGAGUCUAACAGAGCUUUGGCCAGAUUGCUGAAUGUGCAUGAAGACGGUGCCCGAGCUGGUGUGUCAGGAAUGGAGUGGCUGGACAACCUGUCUGAGAGCGCCAGCAGCAGCCUCAGCAAAAUCGACUGGGCUGCCAUCGAGAGGAUGGUGGCUGCAGUGGACGACUGAGUUGAGGUGUCUCAAGGAAGGGACAAAGAGUGCCAUGUUUGUUGUAGAUCCAAAAGUGCUGAAAGAUCUCUUGUGCCUAAAUAUACUAUGAAUCAGAACUUUUGUAAAUUGUGUAGAUAUCUCUAUAAUAUCUAUUUUAACAGUGUGAUUUUUAUAAAUUAUUUGUAAUGGACAAUUCAUCUCUACAAACAUGUUUGUGCCAUUUGAGUGUGUGUGCUUAGUGUUUUUUUUUUUAGAUUUGUAAU